AUGGCUGCCAAAACGCGUACAACGAAGGUGUCGACAUCCCGUUCCUCCAAGAACCGUAAAUCGUCCCAAAAUUCAGAGACGUCCGACGUCGAAGCAGAGCCUCAGCGAAAGUCUCCCAGGAAGAGGGCUCGAAAAGUCAAUGACUCGGACGAGGAAGAGUUCAACAGUGACGCGCUGGACGACGACUCAGAUAACAAACCGAAGAAACGGAAAAAGAGUCCCAAGAAGAAGCGAAAGGUUGCAAACGAUGAAUAUGAAGAGUCGGACUUGGAGCUUGAAGAGGGCCAGGAAGUCGUCGGUGUAGUCAUUGAUGCGCCCAAGACAGGGCAAGUUCCACCUGGUCAGGUCUCUCAAAAUACCUUAGACUUUUUGGCACAGCUACAGAAACCAGAGUGCAAUGACCGUGAAUGGUUCAAGCUGCACGAACGCGUGUUCCGUCAAGCAGAGAAGGAAUGGAAGGAUUUCGUCGAGGCUUUCACGGACAAGCUCAGUGAAGUCGACGAUCAAAUCCCACCAUUGCCGCCGAAGGAUGUGAUUCAUCGGAUAUACCGUGAUGUCCGCUUUAGUAAUGAUAAGACGCCAUAUAAGCAAAAUCUAUCGGCGAGCUUCUCCAGGAGCGGGAGAAAGGGGACAUUCGCUGCAUGUAUCACAUAUCAAGUAAUUCUCUACUUCAUCAAGCCUGGUGGUGAAAGCCUCUUCGCUGGUGGACUGUGGUGUCCAGGCAGAAAUGAACUGGCAACCAUAAGGUCUAACAUCAAACGCAAUUCUUUCCAGCUACGAGAGAUCAUAUCAUCUCCAGAAUUCGUCAAGUAUUUUGGAGAGCCGAAACCUGGAAAAAGGAACAAUAUCUUUGGGAGAGACGAUGAACUCAAGGUUGCACCAAAGGGAGUUGACAAGGACCAUCCAGAUAUUGAUCUGCUCAAAUGCCGUUCCUUUGCGGUCAUCCAUCGUUUCACGGAUGAAGAGGUACUUGAUCCUGAUUUCAAGGAGAAGCUCGCGGAAGUUGCGGUGGCUAUCAGGCCACUGGUUCAUUGUUUGAAUGACAUGAUGUCUGUGGGUCAUGACUCUGACGACGAUGCAUAA